GCCGUACACGCCAUCCAAGAUGGCGGCGCCCACAUGACGGCCCAUGUGGCUCUUCCGGUUAGAGAGGACUGGAGGUUGUUGAAGACUGCUGCCUGGUUUUCCGGGUGUCGGGAUCAUGGCCGGUCGGAAUAACAACAAGUUGCCCAGCAAUCUGCCGCAGCUGCAGAAUUUGAUUAAGCGGGACCCGCCUGCAUACACCGAGGAGUUUCUUCAGCAGUAUCGCCAUUAUCAGUCUAAUGUGGAGAUAUUCAAACUGCAGCCAAAUAAGCCCAGCAAAAAAUUGGCUGAACUGGUGAUGUUCUUGGCACAGGUUGGCCAUUGCUACCCUAAACGUCUUGCAGACUUUCCACAGCAACUGAAGGAACUGCUCUCAUACAAUCACACGAUCUUAGAUCCAGAUCUUCGGAUGACCUUCUGCAAAGCACUGAUCCUGUUGCGAAACAAGAACCUAAUUAAUCCCACCAGCUUGCUGGAACUCUUCUUUGAACUUCUCCGCUGCCAUGACAAAUUUUUACGAAAAACCUUGUACACCCACAUUGUGACUGAUAUAAAAAAUGUAAAUGCAAAACACAAGAACAACAAAAUGAACACGACACUCCAGAGCUUUAUGUACACGAUGCUACGAGACAGCAACCCUACUGCAGCCAAACUAUCGCUGGAUGUGAUGAUAGAGCUCUACGGAAGGAAUAUCUGGAAUGAUGCCAAAACAGUGAAUGUCAUCACCACAGCCUGCUUUUCGAAAGUCACAAAGAUACAAGUUGCUGGCUUGAAGUUUUUUCUCGGGAAAGAUGAAGAUGAAAAAAAAGAUAGCGAUUCAGAAUCGGAGGAUGAUGGCCCCACAGCAAGAGACCUGGUGGUGCGGUACUCCACAGGAAGAAAAACCACAAAAAACAAGAAGAAGCUGGAGAAAGCCAUGCGGGUCUUAAAGAAGCACAAGAAGAAGAAAAAGCCAGAGGUGUUCAACUUUUCAGCUAUACAUUUAAUCCAUGACCCCCAAGACUUUGCAGAGAAGCUGCUAAAGCAAUUGGAAACUUCAAAGGAAAGGUUUGAAGUGAAGAUGAUGCACAUGGACUUGAUUUCCAGGCUUGUUGGAAUUCACGAGCUUUUCCUCUUCAACUUCUACCCUUUUGUGCAACGGUUCCUGCAACCACAUCAGAGAGAAGUUACCAAGAUUCUCCUCUUUGCUGCACAGGCUUCUCAUCAGCUUGUUCCACCAGAGAUUAUCCAGUCAGUGUUGAUGACCAUAGCCAACAACUUUGUCACAGACAAAAACUCUGGAGAAGUGAUGACUGUCGGGAUUAAUGCUAUUAAAGAGAUAUCAGCUCGAUGCCCUCUGGCCAUGACAGAAGACUUGCUUCAAGACCUAGCACAGUACAGAUCUCAUAAAAAUAAAAAUGUAAUGAUGUCAGCAAAAACGUUGAUACAGUUGUUCCGGUCGCUGAAUCCGCAGAUGUUGCAGAAAAAAUUCCGGGGUAAACCUACGGAAGCCACUUCAGAAACCAAAGUUCAUGAAUAUGGGGAAUUAGAUGCUAAGGACUAUAUUCCAGGAGCAGAAGUCUUGGAAAUUGAGAGUAAGGAAGAAGAUGGGAAACUUGAGGAAGAUGGCUGGGAGACGGCCAGUUCUAGCGACGAGGAAGACGAAGAAGAUGGAGACUGGAUUGAUGUGCAUCAUUCCUCUGAUGAGGAGCAACAAGAGCUAGCAGAAAAAGUCCAGAGCAUGCCAGUGGAAGAACGGAAGGCCAAAGCAGCGGCCGUCAGCACCAGCAGGCUUCUCACCCAGGAAGACUUCCAGAAAAUACGCCUUGCCCAGCUAAGCAAGGAGCUCAAGUCGGCGCCUGGCAAGUCUGCAAAGAGGAAAAAUGUGGAAAUUGAGAGUGAUGAAGAACAGAGGGGGGAGCUGCUAUCACUCAGGGACAUCGAGCAUCUUCAUAAGAAGCCCAAGUCAGACAAAGAGACAAGACUAGCCACAGCAAUGGCUGGCAAGACAGACAGAAAAGAAUUUGUGAAAAAGAAAUCGAAACUGAAUCCUUUUGCAAGCUCCACUAACAAAGAGAAGAAGAAGCAAAAGAACUUCAUGAUGAUGCGAUACAGUCAGAACGUUCGGACAAAAAACAAGCGUUCCUUCCGGGAGAAACAGCUGGCUUUACGAGACGCACUCCUGAAAAAGAGGAAAAGGCUGCUGAAGUAACCGUUGAAUGCUGACAGAGGAGACUGACUUAAGAUCUAGAAGCCUUAUUUUGUUGUUGAAAGGAAAAAGGUUCUCAAGAGCGACAGAAUGGAAAAUGCUAACUGUGCUCAGCUAAGUGUCGUGAAUGUCUGUCUUCCACAUAAGUCAGGAGGAAGAAAUCAGAUGACUUUAACAUUUUAAAGACGAUCUUGUAAAUCUGGAUGCAGAAGGAAAAGUUUUGCAUUUGUAGUUAAUAUCUAUUUAAAUGCAUUCCCAGACAUUGGAAAUGCCUGGAUUGACAGAUUCAUUCCAGGAUGACAGAUGAGAAUUCUAAUUACAUUGAUGAAAGAACUGUGGCUUCAGUCCUAAACAUGCACUCUUGUCAAUCAUUAUGUUCCUCGAGUGUGCAUGUUUACUAGAUCAGCAUUAGAUCAUUGCAUAGAUUUGUUCAUGUUUUACCUGAACAGCAGAAGAAAUGCAAUUCCUGUGUUGUUGUAAAAUAUAUUUUGAAUAUUUCCUGCUA